AUGACCAUAAUGCGGUCAAUUCUGGUUGGCGAGUUGCCUUUAGUCGCAACAUCUAGUCGGUUGGGUGCAACAAGAGUUGUGCUCAGAAAACCGGCGGGGUUCAGUGCCCGCACCAUCGCCACGGGUCGCUUUUGCUCCCCCAGGCGUCCUUUGGUGAUGUUUUUGGGCACUCCGAGCGCUCUGCGGUUGUGCUCGGUGGGGAUUCGAAAUUUUGCCACCGAGGAUGUCAAAAAGUCUCCCGCUCCUGAUGCUGAUGAUGCUGUUGUUGGCAAGCCCGACCCAAACAGGAUCCCGGCCGCCACUGCAGCCAGCAGUUCGGGCAAGUCAGCGGAGACAACCGCCGCCGCCGUUGUCGAGACGAAACCCAAGCUCACGAUAUGGGAGAAGGUCAAGAAGGAGGCCAAGCAUUACUGGGAUGGUACGAAGCUGCUUGGAUACGAGCUCAGGGUGUCUUUCAAGCUGGUGCUCAAAAUGGCGUCUGGUCGCGAAUUGACGCGUAGAGAGGACCGUCAGCUCAAACGAACUGUUCAGGACAUGGCUCGCCUUGUUCCUUUCUCGGUCUUUGUGCUUGUUCCUUUUGCUGAGCUGCUCCUCCCCAUUGCACUUAAGAUUUUCCCCAACCUGUUGCCCUCUACCUACGAAUCCAAAUCGGGCCGGGAAAAGAAACUCAAGCAGCUGGGUAAGACUCGCGGCAAGGUUGGAACAUACUUGCGUGAUAUGGUGAAUGGAGCCAAGAUCGUUCCCAACCCCAAGACUGAAGAGCAAAAGCAGGCCUUUGAUACUUUUAUGGCUCAAGUCAAGGUUGGAGAGCGUCCGGAUAGUGAGACUACUCUCAAGGUUGCUCAACUGUUUAAGGAUGAUAUGCUUUUGGACAAUUUCAGCCGUCCAGAGCUCGCUGCCUUGUCUCGUUACAUGAACAUGACUCCUAUUGGUACAUCCACUGUUUUGCGUUACGCCUUGCGUCACCGUAUGCGCCAAGUGAAGCAGGACGACUACAUCAUUGACCGCGAAGGUGUUGACUCAUUGAACGCUCAAGAGCUACAAAGUGCAUGUCUCAGCCGUGGAUUUAAGGUCAUUGGUGUCUCUAUUGGGCGCCAGCGAUCGGAUCUGAGCAUGUGGCUCCAGUUGCGCCUCAAGGACCGUGUGCCAUCGACUAUUCUUGUCCUGAGUUCCGCCUACACUUAUGGAUCUCACGACUUGGAGUCUUUCUAUGACGGUGUUACUGCUGUGUUGAGUGCGCUUCCCAGCGAAGUUUACCAUGAAGCUGAGCUUGAUGUUGUUGAGGACAACGCAACCAAUCAACAGCGUCUUGAGGUUCUUAAGGAACAGCAAGAUAAGAUUAUGGAGGAGAACAAGGAAAACGAGGAGUCUGGCCAGAAUAUUCAGGUCCGUGAUCAUUUGAAUGUUGAUGAGCCGGCAGACACCAAAGCUGCCGAUGUACCCGAUGAUACCCCAGAAGCGAUGGCUCGUGCUGAUUAUCUCAGGGAACAUCCGAUUCCUACUGAGUCCGAGGAAGAUGUCGCUGCUGACAGGAGCUCUAUUGAUCCCAUAGAGCUUUCCCGGAAGCAAAAGUCUGAUGUGGCUCAACCCACUGAAUCUGAGCAGGGUGUACGGGCCGAUGCAAACCCCGUUGAUCCCAUCAAGAUGGCAGAGGCCAAUUACUUGCGUAGGAAUCCCGAACCUACCACCUCCGAAGAGGAUGUCAAAGCAGACAUGCAAUCCGAAGAUCCAUUGAAGAGCUCUCGUGCGCAGCAGGCACGCCGCAACCCUCCCCGCACUACUGCAGAGGAGGACGUGGACGCUGACCAGAGCUCAGUUGAUCCGUUGAAGAGCUCUCGUGCGCAGCAGGCACGCCGCAACCCUCCCCGCACUACUGCAGAGGAGGACGUGGACGCUGACCAAAGCUCAGUUGAUCCGUUGAAGAGCUCUCGUGCAGAGGAGGCACGUCGCAAUCCCCCCCGCACUACUGCCGAGGAGGACGUGGACGCUGACCAAAGCUCAGUUGAUCCGUUGAAGAGCUCUCGUGCAGAGGAAGCACGGCGCAAUUCCUCCUAA